AUGCAAAAUACAUUGAAUAAUAAUGAUAUUGUUUAUAUUGAUUUAGGUGAUGAUGAUACUACUAUAGAAGAUGUUAAGACAACAACUAAACAAGAACGACAACAACAAAUUAGUAACGAAAUUAUUGAAAUGUAUGGCCUUUUUUUCAAUUCAAACGCGUAAUAUACUAACUUUAUUGAAGUGAUAGCGAUGAUACUGAUGAAGAUUUAUCUGAUUUUACAUUAUCAAAUAAUAAUGAUGCAUUUCCAAAAAUAAAUAUACCUGGUAUUAUAUCCAAUAGUGAUAAGCAACCGUCAAAUAAGCUUAGUAUUGAAUUAUCUACAAAAUCUGCUAUUUCAAUUAAUCUAAAUCAAAAUAGGUACGUACGUUCAUUACCUGAUAUUUUUCAACAAAGUAUCCGUGAUUGUGCUAAUUUCAUCAAUUCCGCGUCAGAUGAAGAUAAUGACGAUGAUAUUUUUAAUGAUACAAUCGUAUCAAAUUCUCAACCUGAAACAUCCAAAAGUCAUUUGAACGAUUCAGAUCAGUUAGCAAAAAAAUCUCUGGAAGCAAAUCCAAAGAUUAAUAAACCGAAAUCACAAAAAUCCAAACCUGAAGUUUCUAGUUCUCUGCCAGAUGGUUAUCGAUAUUCAACUAAAGAGUUGAAUGAAGUCAAUAAAGUAACAAGAAAGAAAGAAGAUAUAUAUCAAGAAAUGAAAUUGAGUGUGGGAUCUGAUUUAUACUCAACAUUUGAGAAAGAAAAAUCUGAAUUUUCUCUGCCUUUAGAAAAUGGUGGGUUCAAUAUUCCAGUUAUAUUUUUCAAACGAGUCGUUAAAGCUAUUUAUAACAAAGAAGAUGAUAUAUUUAUUCCAUGUAAACCAAAAGAAAUAUUUGAAAAAACAUUUGUAUUCUAUUAUCAAGCCAAAGAAUUUUUUAUCAAGUUGAAAAAUAAACAAAUUGAUGUUGAAGCUUUAUCUGCCGUUAAUAUUGUCAAUUUAACUUCAUCUGAUGAUAUUCAUAUCAUAAUUAUUGUGGAAGGAUACGAUCAGUUGUUGAAUAGAAUUAAAGCUUUUGAGCAACGAAGCUUUAAAAACAAAGUUUUGACCAAUAUGGAUGUUGACAAAAAUAAUAAUACCAGAUCAAAGACAGGUAACUCUGAUGGUGAAUUAUCUGAAUAUCCAUCAUCAAAAGAAAUUGAUUAUUUGGUAAACAAGUUACAAAUCGAUCUUAAGCUCAAUUUUUUUAUGGUUAGAACAAUGACUGAUUCUAUUAGUUGGUUAAAUUCAUUUACGUAUACGAUAGGAUCCUCCUUAUAUGAUAAAUUUGAAAGAAACAAAAGUUUAGCAAAUUUGGGAAGUGUUAGAUCAGGUUCUGAUACUAAAUCAACAUAUUUACAAUCACUUCAACAUUUCUCAUUAAUGACUCAAAAGAAAACUGAAUUGUUACAUGUGUCUUAUAAGUCAAUGCGACUGCUAUACGAUCAAUUUUUAAAUCAUGGAACCUUGGGGAAAGAUCAAUUAGGACGAAAUAUUGUUCCUCCAACAGUGGAUAAAUCAAUGCUUAAUUUUUUCAUGGCUGACGACCCAAACAAUGUUAUAUAA